GCAUGCGCAUUAAAACCGCAAUAUGGCGCAGUCAUGAUCUGAUGAAUACAUUUUUGUAAUUGUCUAGGAAAGAAUUUGCACUACGUCUCAUAAUGACUACACAACGGGGAAGGAGUAUGUCGACUUCGGGUCUGACGCUGUAUCAAACUUUGAAUUUAGAGAAAAGUAGCACACCAGAUGAAAUUAAGAAGGCGUACCGGAAGUUGGCCUUAAAAUAUCAUCCGGACAAGAAUCCGGAUAAUCCUCAAGCCACUGAAAUGUUUAAAGAAAUCAAUUAUGCUCAUUCAGUGCUUUCUGAUACAACCAAACGGGGUAUUUACGACCGAUACGGUAGUUUAGGAUUAUACGUAGCUGAACAAUUCGGGGAAGAAUAUGUCAACACCUAUUUCGUUCUCAGUUCACCGGUUGUCAAGUGUAUGUUCAUGUUCUGCGGCGUCAUAACACUUUGUUACUUUGGAUGCUGUUGUUGCUGUUGCUGUUGCAACUUCUGCUGCGGAAAAUAUAAGCCACAGCCGCCUCAUCCUGACGAGGAUACUGCUAACUUAUAUCAACAGGAAGAUUUAAGCAGUGACGCAGGUUCUCCACAUCAGUCACCCCAACAUGGUGAUGCUAAGCAAGCUGGAGGAUUUAGCGAUGCUAUUACAAGUCAACCUUAUUCUACAUCUGGAGCUAACGAAAGUACGGCUAUAUCUAGCGCCGGUAAACCACAAACGUAUGGGGCUGAGAGUUGA